AUGGAUGAUAGUACUUUCAGCAGUAGUAGUAGUACUACUAAUACUGAACGCCCAUUGGCAAAUUUUCACUCAAGUGUAUGGGGAGACUAUUUCCUCUCCUACACUCCUCAACUCACGGAAAUUAGUAGUCAAGAAAAAGUUGAAUUUGAAGAGUUGAAAGAAAAAGCCAGGCAAAUGUUAGUGGAAACACCUGAUAAUAGUACACAAAAACUUGAAUUGAUUGAUAUAAUCCAACGAUUGGGAGUUGCAUAUCAUUUCGAAAAUGAGAUUCAAACAUCCAUUAAGAACAUCUUUGAUGCGUCCCAACAAAGUAAAAAUGAAGAUGACAACCUUUGUGUUGUUGCUCUUCGUUUUCGACUAACAAGACAACAAAGGCAUUACAUGUCUUCUG